AUGAUAGGACAUCUAGAAAACAAAAUCAGGCAUGGUUUUUUGAAAUGGAAAUCAUGGUAAUCAAAAUUUAUUGGCAUUUUUAGGAGAAGCAACAUGUACUGUGGAUACCAGGGCACCAGCUGAAGCCUUUUUCAUAGAUUUCCAAUAAGGCAUUAGGAAGGGUUUUGCUUGAAAGAUUGAGGAAGAUGAAAGUUGAUGGUGUACAAGGUAUUGCAUUAUUGUAGACAUGAGAUUGUCUGACAGAAAACAGGGAGUAGGCCUAAAUGGAGCUUUUUUCCUCCCCCAUUUGGAAAGUUGUAAUGAAUGUUAUGUCACAGGUAUGAAUGCUAGGGGCCUCAACAUUGUAACUUGCUGAUUCCUUUCUGCCAAAAUAGAUAGGAAAGUACAUUGUGAAAAAUGACAUCAGGUGGCAUAUAGGAGAUAUACAGUAAAUAGGCUAAGGCAAAGAUUUGGCAAGUGGACUGGGAAAAUGUAAAAUUGUUCUUUUUGAUAUUUAAAAUGCAUAUUAUCUAAAAAUGGCAAAGUUGAGAUGCAGAGUGAUCUGGGUAUCAAUGCAUGGUUCUCUAAAGGCUUAUUUGCAGGGAUGUAAGUAAUUAGGAUGAUUACAUUUUAAUACUGAAGGCAUUAGGGAGUAAGAUUGCUGGAAUCAUAUCUGGAAUACUUUUUAUGGUAUUGCUCUCCAUACUUAAGGGUGGUAGAGCUUUGGGGUCACCUCGGACAAAAAGAGUUGUGAAGUAAGGUUGGUGGGCUAGGCUUGUAUUGUUUGAGUUUAGAGGGGUGAAAGAGGUCUUAAUUGAAAUACUUAAGAUCCUUAUAGGAUGUGACAGAUGGAUGUGGAAAGAUUGUUCCAUUUUGUGAGAGAAUCUAGAACAUGGGAUCACUGUUUUAAAAAUAAAGGAUUAUCCAUUAAAGUAAUCCAUAUAGUAAGUUUCAAUUUAUCAGUGUAAGUCUUUGUACUUCCUGAAAGGACAGUGGAAACCAAAAAGUUUGAAUAUUUUAAGUCAGAGGGAAAGGGAAGUGAAAGUUAUUGCAGAUAGAUGGAAAUAAGGGGUUGAGGCUGUCAGAUAAGCCAUGAUCGAAUUAAAGUGGAAGCAGGUUGAGUUGUAUAAUCCUGCUUCUAAUUCAUAUAUUAGAUGACAGGAUCUGAUAUUCAAAUAUUUGUAAAUAUUGUGUUCAGUUUUUAUUUUAGUUCAAAAAGGAACAUAAGCAUUUUGAGAGGAUCCAAAAGAAAUUCACAAGAUAUACUACAAAAAAGGCACUCUUCUGUGGAGAAAAGUAAAGCUUGCAGAAUGACUUGUUAGAGGUCUUAAGAAUGCAGAAGAGUUGAUAAUGUUUGGUAUGAUGUCAUCUCAGCUUGUGGGAGAGUGAAGAAGUAGAAGCUAUAUUUGCAAGAUACCUAUGAAUAGAUCAGGACAAAGGUCUUUACCUGAAAGGUGAUUAGAAUUGAAAGUAUGAAUUUAAAGGGAAAUUAAAUAACCUAUAAUUGAGAAUUCAGAAUCACUGAAAGGUUCAAGGAAGCGUGGAGACCAUUUAGCCAGAAUAAUCUAGCCACUCCUGUCUUUUCCAUAUAGACCUGCAAAUCUUCUGUCAUCUACUUUUCUAGUACCCUUUAGCAUGCCACAUCUGAAUCUGACCCCACUAACAACUUAUGCAGAGAGGAUUGGCUUAAAGAAGGUCCCUUGAUUUCUCUUUCCACAGAAGCUGCUUGACUGUACAGUGUGUGUAGAAGUAAGAAACUGCAAGUGUAAAAGGACUCUGAUGGGAGUUAUCUAUAGACUUCUGAACAGUAGCCAGGAUGUGGGCUACAGAUUACAAUGGGUGUGGAAAAGGCUUGUCAGAAGGGCAAGAUAGUCAUGGGGGAUUUCAAUGUGCAGGUAAAUCAGGUUGGUGCUGGAUUCCAAGAGAGAUUUUGUAGAAUGUCUAUAAGAUGGAUUUUUAGAGCAGCUUGUGUUUGAGUCCACCAGGGGAUUAGCUAAUCUGGAUUGGGUGUUGUGUAAUGAAUCAGAUUUGAUUAGGGAGCUAAAGGCAAAGGAACCUUUAGGAGGCAGUGAUUUCCUUUAGGAGGAGAUAGGAUAGAACUCAUCCUGCAGUCUGAGAGGGAGAAGCUAAAGUCAGCAUUACAGUGGACCAAAGGGAAUUACAAAGGCAUGAGAGAGGAGCUGCUAAAGUUGAUUGGAAGGGGACACUAGCAGUUGAGUAGCAAUGACUGGAGUUUCUGGGAGCAAUUUGGAAGGUGCAGGAUAGAUACAUCCCAAAGAAGUAGUCAAGAUGAUACAACUGUGGCUGACAGGUCAAGGUCAACAUGAAAGCAAGAGAGGGUAUAUAAUAGAGCAAAGAUUAGUAGGAAGUUAGAUGAUUAGGAAACUUAAAAAAAAAACAUAAGGCAACUAAAAAUCAUGGGUGGGGGCAGGGAAGAUGUAAUAUGAAGUUAAGCUAGCCAACAUUAUCAAACAGGAUACCAAAACUUUUUUUCCAGAUAUGUAAAGAAUAAAAGAGAAAUGAGAGUAGAUAUUAGACUGCUGGAAGAUGAUGCUGGAGAGGUAGUAAUGGGGAACAAGUAAAUGGUGAAUGAACGGAAUAAAUAUUUGCGAGAGUCUUUACUGUGGAAAACACCAACAAUAUGGUGGAAAUUCAGAGUUAGAGAGCAGAAGUGAAUGCAGUUGUGAUUAUUAGGGAGAAGGUGCUUGGGAAACUGAAAGGUCUGGUGGUAGAUAAGUCACCUGGACCAGAUCUAUGCACAAGGGUUCUGAAAGAGGUGCCUGAAAAGAUUGCAGAGGUAUUAGCAACGAUGUUUAAAGAAUCAUUAGAUGCUGGAAUAUUGGAAAAUUGCAAAUGUCAGUCCACUCUUCAAGAAGGAGGAAAAGAAAUUACAGAUCAGUUAGUCUGACCUCAGUGACUGGGAAGACGUUGGAGUCAAUUGUUAAGGGUGUGGUUUUAGGGUACUUGUAGGCAAAUGAUAAAAUGGGCCAAAGUCACCAUGAUUUCAAGGGAAAAUCUUACCUGACAAAUCUGUUGGAAUUCUUUGAGGAAAUAGCAAGCAGAAUAAUCAAAUAAGCAUUGGUGGGUGUUGUGUGCUUGGAUUUUCAGAAGGCCUUUGAAAAGGUGCCACACAUGAGGCUGCUUAACAAGAGCCCAUGGCAUUACAGGAAAAAUACUAGCAUGGAGAGAGCAUUGGUUGAUUGGCAGGAGGCAAAGAGUGUGAAUAAAGGGAGCCUUGUCUGUUUGGCUAAUGGUGAUAGUGCUGUUCUGCAGGGGUUGGUGUUGAGACUGCUCCUUUUUGCAUUGUAUAUCAAUGAUUUGAAUGAUGGAAUAGAUAGCUUUGUGGCAAGGUUUGUGGACAAUACGAUGAUAGGUAGAGGGAGAGGUAGUGAUGAGGAAGCAGGGAAGCUGCCAGAAAGAUUUGGACAGAUUAGGAGAAUGGGCAAAUAAGUGGCAGAUGGAAUAGAGUGUAGUGAAGAGUAUAGUCAUGCAAUUCUGUAGAAAGAAUAAAAGCAUAGACUAUUUUCUAAUUGGGGAGAAAAUUAAAAAAUGAGGCGUAAAGGAACUUGGGCAUCUUUGUGCAGGAUUCACUAAAGGUUAAUUUGCAGGUUGAGUUAGUGCUGAGGAAGGUGAUGCAAUGUUCGCAUUCAUUUCAAGAGGACUAGAAUGUAAAAGCAACGAUGUAAUGCUGAUGCUUUAUAAGGCACUGGUGAAGCCUCACUUGGGAAUAUUGUGAGCAGUUUUGGGCACCUUACUUAAGAAUGUGCUGACAUUGGAGCGAGUUCAGAGGAUGUUCAUGAGAAUGAUGGCUCUGGGCUUUUAAUUGCUGGAAUUUAGAAGAAUGAGGGGGAUCUCAUUGAAAGACCUAGACAGAGUGGAUUGCAGAGGAUGUUUCCUAUGGUGGGUGAGUGUAGGACAGAGGGCACAGCCUCAGAAUAGAGGAUCAUCCAUUCAGAACAGAGAUGAGGAGGAAUUUCUUUAGCCAGAGGAUGGUGAAUCUGUGGAAUUCAUUGCCACAGGUGGCUGUGGAGGCCAGGUCAUUAGGUGUAUUUAAGAUGGAUUGAUAGGUUCUUGAUUAGUCAGGCUGUGAAAGGUUAUGGGGAGAAGGCAGAAGAAUGGGAUUGUUAGGGAAAUGGAUCAGCCAUGAUGAAAUGGCAGAGCAGACUGGAUGGCCCGAAUAACCUAAUUCUGCUCCCAUAUCUUAUGGGCUGGAUAAGUUCUUCCAACAUUUGUUUUUCCUCCAGGUUCCAGCAUCUCAGCUUUUCUUUCAGCCCCCCUUCCUCCCACCUGGGCAAUACAUUCUCAAUUCUAACCAGUUACUGAAUAAAACAAGAUUUUAUUCACUAUUUCUUUUAUUUAAUUCUUCCAAUCAACUUCCUUCCAUGGCUUCUACCAUCUCGACCUUUCAUUGCUUUUUAUAUAGAUUUUCCCUAAAAAUCCCCAUUUGAAAAAUAAAACGGCUUCACAGUCUUCACAUAAGGUUAAGCACAUGCAUACAAUUAAAGCCUUUCACUAAUAAGUCAUACUGACAUCUGUGCUGCAGUCUUCCCUAAAGUUCUGUCUCCUGGAAUAGGGGGAGAUGUCCAUAGUUUGAGGGUGGGGAAGGGGCUACUGAGCGUCAAACCUGCAAAUAGACUAGUGGACCAAAUAUCCUGUUGUAAUGGAUUAUCCAUGUCAAUAAUUUAUUUUCAAAAUAAUGUAAGAGUAAUUUUCUUGAGCAGUAAGGCAGGAUUUGGGAUGUAUGUGUCUCAACUUAGAGUUGAGAUUGGUCACUGGGUUUCAGAUGACGUUUCUGUCUUUGCAACAGAAUUAUUAGCAAUCCUCUGGGCCUUAUGGUGGAUAGAAGACUCUCGACCAUGCUGGGUUAUCAUCUGUUCGGAUUCUGCGGCUGCCUUGGAGGUUAUAAAAGGGAAUAAAUCAAAAGCUCAUCCUGACAUAGUUAUUGAGAUUUUCUUAGUUUUGUUUAGAGAAGAUGGGUUGUGAAGUCAGAUUUACAUGGAUACCUGGGCAUGCUGGGGUGGGGUGCAGGGAAAUGAAAUUGUGGAUGGCAUUGCAAUGUCUUCCUUACAGAGUGGGCAAGUAGGAAUUAGAGUACCCCUAGGCAGAGCAGAAUUGAGAAGUAGGAUAAAAAAGGGAUAGAGAAGAAGUGGCAGGAGGAUUGGGAAAAUGAAUUAAAGGGAAAGCAUUUCUUUUUUAGUCACCCACUAGUUAAAAAGGUCUCAGACUGUUACUCUUUAAAUUAUACAGAUAUGGUGGAAUUAACAAGACUUAGGUUGGGGCAUUGUGGGCUAAACUAUUAAAGAUAAUAGGAAAACGUCCUACUGGGUUAUGUGACUGAUAGUUCGGAGACAGUUCAUCAUGUUUUGAUGAGUUAUAAUCGAUGUCAAAUUUAAAGAAGAAUAUUGUUCAAGAGGCUGUCUUAAAUGCAUUGUUUUUCUAUUAAAUCUUUGUUUGGCCACCAAGAGAACCACCAUCUGAUUGAAGCGUUUAUUAUUCGGUUCCUUGUUUUACGGCGGUUGACAUCCAGCCGGUCCGAUGGUAGUGGGUUAUUGUUGAUAGUUGCUUAUUAUUCGGUUUCUACGUGCGACUAGUUGUAUUCGAGAAUUUGAGUUUCUUGGAAUUCUAUAAGUAACUACAGUUCCUGCGGAGGACGGUAAUACGCCUAGAAACGUCUAAACUGCCGGAAACCGAAGAAUAAGACGAAAUAAUUUUCUCGGGGCCGUGCGGCCUGGUUUCUUCAUCGGACCUCCCCUUCCGGUGCGACGACGCAGCCUUCCUCCGCAGCUUUGCGAGCGAGAGGCCGAGGUGCGACGGUGCUCCGUUGGGUUUUCUGCGUUCGGGGAGUGGGGGCGGUUCACGGGCCGGGAGGGCUUGGGUUAGGUCCGAGGACAGCGGGGCUUCAGGCCGGGGUUAGUGUCAGAUGCGUGGGCCAGGUAGUCGAGUGCGGCCUUUGCCCAUCGGCAGUUGAACGGUGAGAGGCCGAUAUCGGUGAGUGUAGCCGCGCCGCAGCGUCCGCCCAACUUGCCCAAAUCCCCCGGACUGCACACUCCCUCCCGGCGCCAAGCGUCUGCGUGACCAUCGCCGGUUUGGGGAUGUUGCAGUCCCGCGAUGUGACUGGACAACGAGGUGUUGUUUUGCUUGCUUUGGAGGCAGAUAUUUUGUUUGCCGUUCGAGAUCCCACUGUGUGAAGGCGAGCGUUUCACGCCGCUGCUUUAUGUUUUCAGCAGCAACCUAAACAUCUACUCAGUCAGGGGAAAAACAAACUUGAUUUGUAGUGGCAUUCCCUUGGAAAUACGGAGACUGCUGUUGACUUCAUGAUAAACGAUAUACCACGAAUGAAAAUGACUGGUGCCUAGGACCACUGAACUGAAAAUUCACUUGCUGCAACACCGGGUUACAAAUCUCCUGUGGACCUGUUUACGCAACAGGGAUCCUGCAUCUACCGUAAUGGAUAGGCAGAGGAUCUCGACUCAAUCCACUGGUCAGGACUGUCCGGGGACAUUACAGUCUGGGGCAAAAUUUAAAAUUCCAAAGAAGAAAAAGAUGUCACAGAUGGACAAUAUAGAGACAUUUUCUCCUCUAUCCAGACUUACUGAUUCACGAAUUGAAAAUUUAAAAGCCUCGAAUAAAGGUUGGCCAUCAUCGUAUAAUACUUUCAAUGAAACAAGAAAUCAUCAGUCGAUUACUUAUAAUCAAAGGAGGAACUACCCAUCAAGACAGAACUUUCCUGGCUUUGGACAACUAAUGGAACCCAGAGUUGUACUCAGAGAUGUGCUGAUGACAGAUUCAGGAAGAAAACAUUUGCUGCACCUACAUAAAGGAGACUGCAGCAAUGUUGAAAAUGCUGAUACUUCUCAUACAAGGCAUCACACAUCAGCAACCAGUGAGCUAACAAUUAAUUGUCAGGAGGAAAUCAAAACAUCUCGUCCCGAUAGUCAGUCCAACAUUUUAUCCAGCAGUGAGGUGAAGGCCGAGAGGAAAUUGGAAUGUCGUAGUUGGAAGCAGAACGAAAAUUCAGUCAGACCAAAAGAAGAUGUUAAUUCACCAUUAAGAAACACAGAAAAAGUCAGAGAUGUUUGUAAGAUAAAACAGACAGAAAAAAGAGACCAACUAUGUGAACAUAUAAAAAUAAAUGAAGGAAAAAUAGGCCUUCAUAAAGACACUUUGACAGAUUCACCUGUUCCAAGCCCCAAGAAGAAAAGAUUGUGUGCUGAAGUGCAGGGUAAUCCUAUCAGAAGAGAUGUUAAUAGAGCUUCAUAUUCACAGAAAAGUGAUGAGGAUUUGUUGAAGAAACUGCUCAUCUGUCUAACAUGCAAAGAGCAGACUGAAAAUUGUCAGUGCUUUAAUAAUAACCCAGAAGGAAAAGAUACACUCACAGAGAUUACAAAAAUGAAAUCUGAUCUUCAGCAAGAAUCAUUUUCUCCAUUGAAUGUAAAUCAGCAAAGCUCCAAUCACAGAGACCAAGAAUCACUUCAUAACCAUUCAACCCCCGAUGCUGAUAUUAAUCGGAGGGAAUCCUCAUGUGCUCUAGUACCAGAUGGACAGAAAACUGAAGCAUUGUUUCCACGUUUGUCUACGUUGAGUCCCCAGAUUAAGUCAUUAAAGCCAGCAGUAUUUUCAAAUGAACCAAUUGUGCUUUCCAGUGAUGAUGAAGAUACAGAUAAAGUGCAAUCUGGUCUUCGGUUCACCACAUUAACUCCGGAGAUUAAACGUUUACGGCUGGGAAGUAAGUCUCCGUCAGCUGAUAACUGCAAACGAGAAGCUGAGACUCAUUCAGAAAAGAGGGAGCCAGAGAGUGUAAAACCAAAUAUAAUGAGACAGGAUGCAAGUGAAAUGAAUGAGCAGAAUAAGUUAUCUGAGGCAGUACAAAGUAUCGAUGGUUCUUUGGAAACCAGCACGAUGGCAAAACCAACAUUGGAUCUCACUUUUGCGGCUCUGCACAUGGGAGAAAUUGAAGGAAAUGAACAAGGUUCCAUUGUGUUUGGACCUGACAAUAUUGCAAUAACCUUCACAGAUUGCCAUGCAUUACUACUGGAUACCUCUUGCUUGAAGAAGUACAGUGUGUGGGAGAGAUUGUCUGACUCUAUCUUUGAGAAUCACUCGAUUAUUUUCCUUUGGUUUGCUGCAGAUUAUAUAGAUGAGAUCAACAAACAGUUAAAAUUCACUUAUCUAAACCAGGACUAUAAAUGCAGUGAAUAUGUCUUCAUUCAGCUUUUCAAACCUUUACAAGCAACAGAAACAACAGUGUUGAAGAAAAUUAUGACUCUUACUGGCACAAGGCAUAAAAUUGCAGACUUGUGUGAAGUUAUGUCAUUGGAAGAGACUUACCAGUUACUUGCUAAGCUUGAUUCAGAGCAGAGCUCCUUCGUAUCGUCCUGCUACAAAAACUUGCAGCAUCAAGUGGAUAAGGCUGCAUUAUCACAGGAAGAAAGUGCAAAUUCAACAAGGGCAAAUAAUUACACUUUGUGUCAUAUACGGAGAAAGGAUCAUUAUGUAGUUUCAUUUGCUUCAAAGCAAGAGAAGCAGAGGCAUAUAUUUAGAGGAAACGGACAAGUUCAGAAAAUAAUAGUCUACCCUCCUCCACCAACUAAAGGAGGACUUGCAGUUACAACUGAAGAUCUUGAAUGUUUGGAAGAGGGAGAGUUUCUCAAUGAUGUCAUCAUUGACUUCUAUUUAAAGUACCUGUUGCUUGAGAAAGCACCUAAAGAACUUGCUGAGCGUACUCACAUUUUUAGUAGCUUUUUCUAUCGACGUCUGACCCGAAAGGAUAAUGCUGAAUCAGAGGAGGUGAAUAAUCUCUCAAUACAACAGAAGAGGCAUCAACGUGUGAAAACGUGGACUCGUCAUGUGGAUAUUUUUACGAAGGAUUUCAUAUUUGUGCCGGUCAAUGAAGAGUCUCAUUGGUACCUUGCUGUGAUUUGUUUUCCUGGGUUAGAUAAAAUAGUUUAUGAAUCUGAUUUGACCAAUGAACCAAAGGCAAGCAGAUUACUUUCAAACCCAUCUUCUAUACACUCUAAUAGUGAAAUCAUAAAUAGGGAUCAUAUGUCAUCACUAGAUGACCUGGAGGGUAAUACCUCUCUGAGUGUGCCAUCAGAGGAUUCAGAAGAUAAAGAUUCCAGCACUGCUGCUUAUAUGAAGCCUUCUGCUUCACCUACGCCCAACAUGCAGGAAUGUAUAAAAGUACCCAAGAUUCUACACCAACAAAGAGAAAAGAUACUCAAGCAGCCAUGUAUUCUAAUAAUGGACUCUUUAAGAGCGGCUUCACAAUUGCACACAGUGAAGAUUUUACGAGAGUAUCUACAGAUAGAGUGGGAAGUGAAAAAAGGAGGACAGCGCAGUUUCACAGCUGAUAAUAUGAAAGGGUCAGUUCCCAGAGUUCCGAAACAAGAUAACAGCAGUGACUGUGGCAUUUAUUUGCUGCAGUAUGUGGAGAGCUUUUUUCAGAAUCCCAUCACAAAUUUUGACUUGCCAUUGCAGUUGGAUAAAUGGUUCCUGCGUCAAGAAGUAAAGAAAAAGCGGGAAGAAAUACAAGAUUUAAUUCUACAUUUACACAACCAGCAGAGAACUGAUCAUGAAUGCAUGUACAGUACAUGGCAUACAUAGUAUACGAGGUCAUUUCAAGCCUCUGAUCAUCUUGAAGAUAUAAAGAUUUUAAAUUCAACUGUAAAUGUUUGGAUAACUAAUGUAGCAUAUUCCAUUUAAACCAGUUUUGUUUAUAGCAAUGUACAGUUUAAUAAAUUAUACUGAUUUGUGA